AUGGCGCCCUCUACGACCGUCCCCACCGCUUCGGACAUUGCAGUCCCGGAGACUCUUCUCAAGAAGCGCAAGCAAAACGAGAAAGCUCGGGAGGAGCGUCUUGCUAAGGCCGCUGAGGCUCGCAAGGCUUCCAAGGCGAAGCGUAAGGUCGUCUUCAAGCGCGCCGAGUCCUAUGUCAAGGAGUACCUUUCCAAGGAGAAGGAGGAGGUUCGCCUGAAGCGCACGGCGCGGGCUGCUGGCGACUUCUACGUCCCAGCUCAGCCCAAGGUGUACUUCGUCGUCCGUAUUCGGGGUAUCAACGAAAUCGCGCCGAAGCCUCGCAAGAUCUUGCAGUUGCUCCGUCUCCUGCAGAUCAACAAUGGCGUCUUCGUCAAGGUGACUAAGGCUACCCAGCAGAUGCUCCGUCUGGUCGAGCCCUACGUUACUUAUGGCGAGCCCAACCUGAAGUCGGUCCGCGAGCUGAUCUACAAGCGCGGAUAUGGCAAGGUCAACAAACAGCGCAUCCCCCUCUCCAGUAACACUGUCAUCGAAAAUGCUCUCAAAGAGUACGACAUCCUCUCCGUCGAAGACCUCGUUCACGAGAUCUACACCGCUGGCCCCAACUUCAAGCAGGCGUCCAACUUCCUCUGGCCCUUCAAGCUCUCCAACCCCACUGGCGGCUGGCGCACGCGGAAGUUCAAGCACUAUGUCCAAGGCGGUGACUUCGGUGACCGCGAGCAAAACAUAAACAAGCUCAUCCGCCAGAUGAACUGACCUCGUGUUUAUCGGGGAUUAGGGUGAGGCGGUGUCAGGUUUAUGUGACGAUAUGCUUUGUACAUGCUACGCGCGAUAUGCAUGGUUGCAUUCUUAUGAUAUAUGAUUAGCGCGCGAACACAACUAUCGC